AUGCAACUGUCUUUAGCAGGUACCGGAUAUUCCGUGGCUUUAUCGGCUGUCUCCCUCCUGGCGUUUUAUCUGACCAGUACAUGGGGAAUUGUCUUUAACACGGUGUUCAUGUUUUUAGCUGGAGUGUUCACCUGUGGUCCUGACAGCAUCCUAAGUGGAUCCAUCCCUAAUGAGCUGGGAGAGAUGGAUGGAAGAAAUGCCGCCGCUGCAGCUGUUGGUCUUGUCAAUGGUUUUGGCAGUGUUAGUACCUUUUUGGAGGGUCCCAUUAUUGGGGUGAUAUCAGCGAACCACGGCUGGUCUGGGAUGUUCUACCUUAUGAUUGGACUAUCCGGAGUCGGCACCCUGGCCGUUCUACGUGCUCUGUCUAUUUAUAACAGGAGACAUGGGAAAAUACCAGAUGCUAUACCAUUAGAAAUGGAAGACAUCGCAUAAAUAGGAACAAAUUCAUAGUGGUAUGCUGCUGUUUUGUGCUAUAUCCUAGGAUAACCUCUGGAAAGUGGCUGUUUUUAUGUAUGCAAGAAAUCUUGCU